GAGAGAGUGAGGAAUUUAGAGGAUGGGUAAGGGGGCUUAGGGGAAACACAGAGAGGAGAGAGAGAGAGAGUAAGAGGCAAAGGGGAGGAAAAAAAAAGGAGAGAGGGAAGAGAGAGACGGAGAGAAGAGACCAAAAUCCACCAAGCCACCCUGGUGUGAGGUUUCUUGGCUACUGACGUGUGCGCACGACUCUCAUGGCACGAUGAGUACGUGCAGCAGUCGUGCGUUGACCAUCCUGUCCACAGUGUUUGGAGCCUGUGGACUGCUGCUGGUGGGGGUGGCCGUGUCCACAGACUACUGGCUUAUAAUGGUGGAGGGAAUCAUCCUACAGCAGAACCAGAGCCAGGAGGUGAAGAUGGCACUGCAUUCGGGCCUCUGGAGAGUUUGCUUUGUGGCUGGAUCAGAAAACGGGAGAUGUGUUGCGUCAGAGUACUUCACCGAACCCGAUAUAGAGAUCACCACUGAAAACACAGCGAACAUCCUGAAGAUGGUGCGUACAGCCACACCCUUCCCGAUGGUGUCGCUGCUCUUUGUCUUCACUGCCUUCGUCAUCAGUAACAUCGGACACAUCCGACCUCAGCGCACCAUCCUGGCCUUUGUGUCCGGCAUCUUUUUCAUCCUCUCAGGCCUCAGUCUGGUGGUGGGGCUGGUGCUCUACAUCUCCAGUAUUAAUGACGAGGUGAUGAACCGUCCCAGGGAGCCUGAGCAGUUCUUCAAUUACCACUAUGGCUGGUCCUUUGCCUUCGCUGCCUCCUCCUUCUUACUCAAAGAGGGGGCCGGUGUGAUGUCAGUCUAUCUGUUCAUGAAACGUUAUGCAGAGGAAGAGAUGUACCGCCCCCACCCUGCGCUCUACCACCCCCGCCUGUCCGAAAGCAGCGACUAUAGCGGCCAGUUCCUCCAACCAGACUCUUCCUGGCCUCCGCCAAAACGAGGCCGCAGCACCUCUGAGGCCUCCAGCGACAUAUCCAUACAGCUCAACCAGACACCGCCAGCACCACCAAAAAGCAACCUCCAAACGGGGGGCCUGGGCAGCCCGCCCUCCGGUUCUUCUUCUGCAGGGAGCUAUCAGAUGCCUCCACAGUCUACCGGUUAUCCCUCCACACACACCCUGCCCAGGUCACACUCCUCACAUCCCCAGGGCCAGGCUCUACCCAUGGCCAUGCCUCCAUCACCCGUACCUCCUCCUCAUUAUCACACACACGUGCACAUGAGCGCUUCCCCCUGUUAGGAAUAAGGAGUUUCAGGAAGGAAAAUAGAGGAACUGACUCUUCAUCAUCAUGUACAUUUAUAUGUGACGAGAGUAAAUGUUGAGCUUGAAUCACAGAUCAUGUCAGAGGAAGUGGAGGGAGGCCAAAUAGUUUUUUUUUUGUUUGUUUGUUUUUUUUCAAAUGUUAGCUUUUGGAGCCACCGGGAUCAAAUGCAAUUUUGGAGACUGAAGCUUUAACAGAAACUGUGGACUGAGAGAAACAACAAAGAGAAAAGUGUUUCCUAGAAAGACAUUAAAGGUUAGGUUGAGUUACCAGUGAGGGAGAGUGAGGCAGGCAGGGCGAGGGGCUGCGGUAUAAUACAGAGGUACUGCAGUGCUGCAGGAAAUUUGUAUGCACUUGGAAAUGUACAAUGCAAAACAAUCUUCACAAAGACUGAACGCACAUAGUUUUUUUUUUUUUUUACAUACAUAAUCUAUGCUAAUACACGAGCUAUGUACAUUUUUACCAAAUGGUAAAUGUGGAUAAAUAUUCUCUUGUCUUCUCUGAAUUUAUUACAUCAUCAAUCCAGUUUCACAACUGUCAAAGUAGAAUUAUAAUUAUUAUUAAUUAAAAUAGCUAUAAAAAAUUAAGUAAUUCUAAAUUGAGAAAACUGUAUAUGAAUGUUGUUAACCUGUGUGAAAAAAAAAAAAAGAAGAUGAUAUGGUGAAAUAUCAUUGGGAGAAAUCAACUUAUUGUUUUACACAUUUGUAUAAGAUACCAAUUUCUAACUUGUUGUACAUAACUGCUCACAAGGGCGUCUGUAGUAAAUUGUAAAUUAAGCUUUGGCACAAAUUAAAUCAAGGAAUGGUCUGACUCAUUCUGCUUUGGAGGAAGACUGCAACAGGCGCAACACAAUCAACAACAUGCCCUCAGGAUCCAGCGCAUGCUGGUUUGAAGGAGGAACCACCCAACGAUGAUACAGGGGGCUGAUGCCCUCUACUGGCCACUGUCCUGCACUGACCAACCAUGGGUCUGGUUCACUACUUUUCAUACACUCUUCCUUCUUCCCUGACCUCCACUGUGUGUCUAUGGCUGGUGCAGCACAGAGGACAAAGUUACAGUCAUGUAAGGAAUGUAUGAAGGGAUGAGACGAGUUUUUCCUGAACUAUACAAAAAAAAAAAAAAGAUUGACAUCAACACUUGAAAGACUGAUUCGAAAGAUUUUUAAAGCUUUGUAGCUGUAAAUAUCAAUCUGGAAAAUUCACACGACUAAGUAUUGAUUACAUUUGUACUUCUUGCUUAAAGAACAGCAGCACUGUUUUUGACAUGCAGGUCUUCUGUGACUCUCGCCAUUAAAGGGAACAUAUUUAAUUCAGUAUUUAACAUAUUUGGCAGGCAUUUGUGACAGCAUUAGUGCAUCGUUGCCACAUGACAAACUAAAAAUAUAAUGUUGAUCUCUUUCCAUGUGUUGAUUAAUCUCUGAGUGAUCCUUGUGUCUAUGAAAUGCCGACAAAUGCCAAUUAAAAGUUUGUUAUAAUUUUCCAUCGCAGUUUCAGAUUUUUCAAGACAUUCAGCUUGCUCUUGGACGGGAAACAUAAAAAUCUCACAUGGUAGAAAACAGAGAAUAAUGCAGAUUUGUUUCCGUAAUGUCUAGCACGAUUUAUACAUUUUAAUAGUUGCAGAUUACUUUUCUGUUAAUAAACUAUAAAUGAACUAAAUCCAGCAUCUCUGUUUGGGAUGAAUUCUUUUGUUCCUAAAGUGCAUAUGUCACAGCAGGUUCUCCUUCUGUAGGAUGUUUUGAGCUGCAUGUGGUUAUUUUGUGGUGAUUAUAAAAUACAGUGAGGUGCUUUUUCAGAUCCUCUAGUGCUUGGGUCAAGUAAAAUGAUGCAGAGUAUCGCAAAACCCAGAGCAAAGCAAGAAGAACCUGCACAUCAGAAACAUAAUUUUUUACUUUAUAACAGACAUAUUUGCUGUUUGUUUUUAAUGUGCAUCAAUCACAGUGAUAUGUCAAUGCGAUAUAUCCCUGUAUUGAGAAUGAAACCUCCAUGACACUUUGUACUGGCUGAUUAUAAAGAUCACUGUGAUGGGAAACACACUGAUAUAUCCUCCUGUGCAUGAAUGGGAUAAAAAUUACAGCUCCCAGGGGCGAGUAUAAAGUGAGAUCAUUGUUAUAUCAUAUUUUGCCUAUAUGUGUGGUUAUAGACUGUACUGUUUUUUGUUUAUGGAGUUGUGCACAUAAAUUGAGAUGAAGCCCAGUGUGACUGCAGCUGGUGCUGUUGUAGUUAAGGGGCCAAGUCCCUUGCUCAGGCACACCUCAACAGUAGCUGUUGAAGGAUUUCUCCAGUCAGUUAAAGCCUGCUUCACUAACAGACUAUGGAGCAGCUGAAAAGAACUUCCCUUUUUAAUUCUAAAAACUAUUCAAUAAUAAUUUGAUAUCUCUUACAGUGCUUUAGUUUUCAUCUCUGUACCUUACCUCUUUGUUUUUCCUUCUCUACCCCUAGCCUCAUGAUUCAUUUGCUUCAUGAUUAUAUAAAAGGGUGUAGCUGUGCUUGCUUCAGCAGAAAACCUGAGUUUCAUGCACAUAACCAUCUUUGUAAAAAAAAAAAAAAAAUGCACUGAUGCUGUAUGAACUGGAGCUAUAUGAUACAGCAGAUGUUAUGAUAAGAUCACUGUUUUUAAAAAGUUGACAUCAGUCACUCACUUUGCUCUGCUGUACAUUAAUAAAAUUUUUAAUAUGAAUUCA